AUGGGAAAAGUUUGCGCGAUCACAGAACUCCAGACAGCUCUGGAUCGUGCACACCAGGAAAGUACUGCUCAGGGUGAUCAGGAUAGAGUAGCACUUCGAAAAGCCACGGAAGAAGUCCGUAUGUUCCGGAACCAACUGGAGGAAACAUGUUCACAGCACGAGAAAGAAGUGAGGGAAUUGCGUGUGCGUGUUCACGAACUCGAAGGUCAACGGGAUCAGCUGGUGAAGGAAACAAAUGAACUUCAACUGCAAGCCCGUCUCGCGGAAGAGUCACGUGAUGGGAAUCGGGCUGACCUGUUGGAAAUUACCAGACGAAUGCGAUCCGCUGAGGAGACAAGCGACGCGGUGCGCCGAGAGUGUGCCGAACUUCGUCAACGAUUUGCCGAAGUCGAACGGGAAAAGAAUGCCCUGGACACAUCGAACGAGGAGCUUCGACGUCAACUGAAAACGGCCGAGAUGGAACGAGUCGAACUGGUACGAAUGACAAAUGUGACACGGUCACAGUUGCAAGGGACCGAGAUGGAUCGAAGCACAGCCGAGAGACGUAUUGCCGAUUUGCAGGAUCACAUGAAAGAGAUCUCGAAUUCGGCGGCCGAAGCACGACGCGAAGCGACUGAGAUGAAAAACCGGUUGAAGAAAGUGUCAUUCGAGAAACAAUCACUGGAACAGGAGGUGAACGAACUGCGCAAUCAAAUCAAGGAUACACUCACACGAGAGGACACCAUCAAACGGGAGAAAGCUGGAUUGAAACAGCGACUGGUGGAUAUAGAAUGCGCCAAAACGGCCCUCCAGAACGAAGUGAACAAUCUCAGUCGACAGCUAAGCGACAUGGAAGAAGCGCUCAGAUCUCGGGAACGGGCUGCCUCCCAGGCGGCAGACGAAUGGCAUCGGGACUUCCGACGUCUAGAUGAGACAAAGAGCACUCUGGAAGGAAAGGUAUGUGGUACGAUUGCCGUUUCUUCAGAUAUCUGUUUUUAUUCAUCAUAG